AGCUUCUUGAAUUCCCUCUGGAACCAGCACCUGCGGAGAUCGUCGUUAAGGCGGAAUAUCUAGGCAUCAAUUUCAUCGAUACAUACUUUCGAAAAGGCCUGUACCCGUUGAAGCAACUUCCCUCUGGAAUCGGCUCCGAGGUUGCAGGGACUAUCGUUGCCUUACCGACUUCCUCCGAUGUGCAAGAGGACCCGGAGUAUAAGGCGCGCGGCUUCAAGAUCGGAGACAGAGUCGUUUCAAGCGGAAGAAUCACAGGUGGACACUCGGAUUACGCGACUGUCAACUGGCGGGCCGUUUUGGUUCUCCCGCCGAAUAUCUCUACGCGCGAUGCUGCGGCUGCUUCCUCCCAAGGUCUCACGGCGCUGACGUUCAUCGA